AUGCUGCUGGCCGUCUUUCUGAGUGGCGUGGCGCUUGGGGUCUCGGAAGACCCCCAGGCAGUGACGUUGCUGCAGCAGCAUGGUCUACAUCUAACUUUGUCAUCGCAGGAGGAUUUAAGCCUGCUCUCCAAGUUGAGAUUCAUGCCCCACAACUCGCUAGCAGUUCCGACACUGGAUGCAAACGGUCGAUUGUGUCUGAUGUGCGACUUGCCGCCAGCAGAGCGCGCGCCCAACCAAUCGUACGUACAGCGCACCGACUGCGGCAACCACAGCGUGUUCGAGGACGCUGCCAUACUACAGGUGCCAUUGAGCACAUUCCAGCAGAAUGCCACAGAAGAACACAAUCAAACAUUUGGCUGGUGCGAGCUGAACGUGCAGAAGAGUUGUGCUGAUGCCGUCUACAAUAAGGACUACAUGCUCUUUGCCAAGAGUAUUCUUGUCCACGAGUUAGCCCCUGGGGUGGCAUCCUGGGACCAGUACUUCUGCUUCUACAAUGGCUGGCUGAGUUCGGAAAUCAAAGCGCUUCAGCACGAUUUUCAGGGCAUGUAUGCCAAAGGCCGAGACUUUUGCAACUCUGAGGACUUGAUCAAGAGAGGAUCGCAGGGCAAUACAACAGUGAAUGACGUCAUGGCUCGCUGGCUUCGUGGUCAUCAAGGCUUGUCUGGCGACCGCCCUACAAUUGAGGACUCGCUCUUCCUCGCAGCUGCGUCAUGCGCCUUGGGCGGGGGGAGUUCAGCAUGUGACAUGGCGUACUGCGCGUAUUCCUUCUGCCUGAAAGACGAUGGAUUCGGCACUUACGACGAAUGCCAGGGCUGGGACCCCGUCAAAGGCAUGCCGAUUUAG